AGGAAAUAAAAGAUCACAAGCUACUGCUUUGGGUUGGCUUUUGCUUCUUUAGGAGUGCGAUGGAAUAGUGCCAGCUGUGCCAGCUCUGCCAUGUGCCAGAGACGUGGGUUUGUUCUUACUGCGUUGGAUGGGAAUGGCUCUUGGUUGGCUCUCGGCUUGGCUGCUCGCUGUGAUUUCCAUCCCCUUGCUGCCCUUUCUGAGGCUCUGCCUUCCUCCUGCCCCAGUGACAUCCAGCACAACAGCAGCGAUCCCAAAGCGCUUUGCUGAGAGGUUAUUGCUGGCGUGGGACAUUUUGGGGACAUCAGCCCAACGUGGCCUUUGAGGGCUCCAGCACAAUGCGUGGCCGUUGCCGCGCAAUCUUUGCUAUCGGAGCCUCUUCCUCUGCCUGCAGCCCAUAAAAACGAACUGCUUCUGCUUCUGCGGGAGCUGAGCUCGUGCGAACCGGAGAGGGGCUGACCGGCGGAUGUUGGGGUUAAUGAUUCAGAUGGGGGCAGGAAACCAGCAGCUGGCUAACGAUCCCCGGAGGAGCCAUCUCCAGCGCCCACACGAGGAGAUGGGACAGAAGAGGACGGCCGGCUGAGGCUGUGGGUAAGGUGGGCCGGGCUGAGCGCGGCGUGGGGUCCCGCGGAGGCACGGGGACGGGCAGGUUUUUCCCCCACGGUGGCUGUGAGCUCACAGAUCCCGGACUGGAUCUCGGUGGCUGCUUUGAUGAGGGUUCGAGGUCAUCCCUGCAAACUCUUUCUGAAGAGCUCCGUGCUGGAUGCUGCUCUGCUGCUCACAUCCAUCGUCUGCUGAGCUUCAAGGUAUGGAAAUCACCAAAUGCGCCUCCUCAGCAGCACUGAGACCCCUCUGGAAGCAAAGAUGAGACUGCAGUCUGGCUUGUCUGUCCUACAGCAUUAUUUUCUGUACCUCCUGACCCCAUCUGCACAUGGCAGCAUGGCUUUUUAUUUUUUUUUUUAUUAUACUUUUCUGCAUUUUCUUCUCAGAAAUCGAGUGUAUUUUGGGGUCCUUCUGUGCUGAGCUGCCCUCACCCCCGCUUUUGGCUCCUGCUUCUGGGACUGCUGUGCUUUCCAUUCCAAAACCCAAUCGUUGGCUGCUCCCAUUGGGUUUUCCUUCUGGUUCGGGACUUAAUGGCUUCUUAAUGAACGUGUGAGCUUCUUACUUGGCUGUGUUUGGGGUCACCAAUGUGAGUGAGAAAGAAGAGCCGUGUCUUUGCAUUGUUUUUCUCCCGUGAUCGAUGUUCAGGGCAACACGGGCAGCAAAACCGGGGAUAAUUAUGGGAUAAUCUUGUGCUGGCUCACGUUCAUUGGGGUUCAUUGGAGCUUUGGAGUAGAUGAGGUUACUUGUGACACAGGAGCACCUACCUACAUACAAGUUGCUUAUAUCCUCACUUCCUAUUCUGGCAUCCCCCCAUGUGGAAGAGCAGUGCGUGGCUUCAGUGCUGCCCAAGACAAGGGAAGCUGGGAGCAAUUACAGGAUAUUUCCAUGGAAUACAUCCUCGUGCUGUGAGCAGGAUUGUGUGCUCUGUUUUCCAGCUGAGAUGUUUGUGCAACUGAAUUGCCCCAAAUGCUCAUCUCUGGGGGAGUUCACGUAUGGAUUCCAGUUGUCCCUCUUGUCCUAUGUUCUACUGAGCUGCGUCUUCUGGUGUAAAACAAAGCACGUUCUGCUUGAAUAGCUGCACAAAAGCAGACUGUAUCUCUACCACAGCAGCUUUCCUGAGAUAAUUUAAGCUGGUGUCAAAUGUGGUAGGAGAUGGGGCCUCUGCACAGAGCUUGUCUGAAGGCCCAGCGCUGUCACUGCUGUGCUCCCAACCACAGGAUCUCCCUUUGGUCGGAGAUUUCCAUUUCAAAACGGCUUCUGUGGAAAUCUGUGCAACGGAGGCAGGCAGAAAAUUGUGUUUCUUUUCUUAGAAAUGUUAGAGGCUGAGACAAGUGGAAUAUUGCAUCUGUUCCAUAAGCCCAUGUGCUACAUUUCGUACAGCAAGUUUUUAAAAUAAGCUCUCCUCUUUUUUGGGUUUUACACCAGUGACUCACCCAAUCAACCUGAAUGAGCCUCAAUUUGUUGCAAAUUGCAGGCCACAAAAUUAACUUUCAGGAAGGGAGGGAAUACUUUUGCCUUCCAGGGCAUCCUGGCAGAUGGAUGCUUGUGUGCCCUCUGCUUCAGCAGCCUAAAAAUGUGGGAGCUCUGAGCCCACUGCUGACCCCAGGUCUCCCUCCAUAGCUGGUGCAGGCAGCCCUGCUGGGUGAAACCCUUCAUUUAGGGCUGGAGAGACCAAGGAAAGUGUGUUCAGCCUUCCAGAUGUUUUAUUUCUAUCCCAGCAGCAGUGGGUAAAUGCCUCCUGCUUGUCGUAAAGGGCUCCACUGCCCUCUCCCAUCAGUUCCUUUCUGACACAGAUGUGAGUUUCCUUACCUUGGCACCCACGUGCUGGGUACCUGCUCUGUAUUACCUUCCCCAGGGCUCCAGACAUCCUCAUCUGGGUGACAUUUUUACUAUUUUUUUAGUUAAAUUUGUAAGGAAUGUGGAAUUUUUGGGGAGGGAAUUAAAGCUGCUUUACCCAAAUGCUGAAGUGCUGGCUGCGAAACGUGGCACCGUUGGGCUCUUGAAAUGACAGCAAACCUCAUGAGGUUCACAAGGUGUUUUUGAUACAGCAAAAAUGAGAUCUUGUAUGUUAUGAGAGGAGGUUUUGUAACAAAAAAAAAAAAAAAAAAAAAGAUUUUAAUUGCCUUGCAUGCAAAUAGUGUCCAUCAGGCUGGUGUGGUGCUUAUGAUGGGGAACAGAAGCGUGAUGCCCCAUCAGACACAGAUUACAGAGAGGGAUUUGGGAAAUACCCCUUUCUGCUGUUCGUGUCUGUAGAAAUAAAGCCACAUCUGGAAGGGAGAUGCCCUGCAGUGGCACAAAGUAGGUCAGUGCUGUCCACAUCUCUCAGCUUUGCACAGCUGAAAACAAACAACCCCAAAACCAAAACACCUCCAAAACUGCUUUUACUGGAGCAGCAGCAGCACAGCAACGCUUUGUGCCCCAGCCAUCAGUACUGGUGUGGGGCCACAAACCUCCCACUGCUUGGGCUGGGGUCUGUGUGGUGCUGGGGUGCGUGGCUGUGGCUGGCAGCUUGGGCAGGGAAAUGUUAUUUAUUGCUUUAUACGAGUGAAGGGAGAAGGUGCGAAGCAGGGCAGAGUCCAGCUGCUGUUUCUAUCCGAAAUACAGAUGCACAUUUGGGUUGGUUUUUUUGUUUGUUUGGGUAUUUAUUUUUGCCAUGCUGAUUAUUGAACAAAAAAUAUGGUCACUGCUGUUUGUGUACGGCAUGGAAGGGAGAGCAGGGCUGGUUCUGGGUGGAAAUGACAGCAGUUUUCACCACUGUGUUCCAGGCUGGAUGUGGCCGGGCCAUGGCACAGCCAGAGCUGCUGUGGGCAGCCGCUGCACUGAUGCUGCUUGGGAUGGCUGUGAGUGCCUGCAUCAGGUGCCAGCUCUAUGCUACAAAGCGAGGAAAGGACAGCAACCAGAGGAGUCAGCUGGAACGCCCGCAGCGGUUUGAGGUGAUUCGGUCCUAUUCUGCUGUGACCCGAAGGCCAGAACGGAUCAAGGAACCCAAAAACUUGACAAGGAAAGCCCCCGAGGAACUCAGCACCUCCUGUCACGUUGGCUUUGAGAGCAGUUCUGAGCCCCGCUACCAGAACUUCCUGACAGAGGACUGCCUACAUGGGGAUGCUGCCUACGUGGAGCCUAUCCCACUGGAUUACUACAGCCACAACAGGUUCUUCUCCCCACCCAAUGAUGAGGACUCACAUUCCUACCAGAAUGUUGUCAUUAGAGAUCCUUGCAGCUCUGAGCUGGAUGAUGCAGAAGACUACGAGAACAGCACAGCAAUAGAAGUCUGGAAGGUGCAGCAAGCAGAAGGUUUGUCCUCAGCAGCUGCUCAUGGUGGGCAGGGUGCUGCUGUGCUGCACUGUGCUCAGGGCCAUGCAGGCAUCACCACAUCUCGAGGUGUUUUUAUCCCCAAUAACUACAAGUAUGCAGGGCAGCGUGCAAAUCUCUGCCUUGGAUGUUGCUGUGGUGGUGGCUGCUAUCCCACCUGUGCACUCUCUAGAGCCCGGCUCACUGCUGCCACGCUGUACGCAGAGAGCAAGGAUGAGGAGCCAGACUACGUCAACACAGACCCAAGGAUAGGUGCCGUCCUGCCACCAAAGUGAAGUGUUCUGCAUGAAGUCUGAAGAAGCCCUUUGCCGAGCUGCACAAGUCCACCCAGCCAGCACGUACACCAGGAAAGAGGCAUUCUCCAUCCCUCAGUCACAUCUUUUCCCCAAAUUGUGCCCAAGAUCACACGGGACAGGUGUUGCUGAAAGGAAGAGAUGCUCUGCUUGAAGCCCUGACAUCCAACAGCAAUCAUGCAACCGGAGGAAGAGCUCUGCUCAGGAGCAAAGCCUGCCCAGCAGCAGCACCCAUGGACACACUGUGAGCUCCUGGUCCUGUCUCCCCUCCAGGCCUGCCUGCUGGAGGGAGCACGGCUGCUCUGUGCAAUGCUGUCUCCUGCCAAGCGUGAAAUGAUUCUUUAAAUUGCCGAGCGGCAGUGCAGCCAACUACUUAAUUUGUCAGGCUGACUCAUGCACGGCGGUAUUCAAAGGCAGGGAUUAGGUUUUGAUUUAGUUCCUACGCUCUCCUCCAGAAGCUGUUUCCUACAGGAGAGGAACUGGCAAGGCAGAGGUUGCUUUUACAGCAGCAGCACUUCUCUGGAGCUCAAUGAGAUACCAGACUGUUACAAAAGCUAAGGACUAAAGAGGAUUAAGCCCUCAUCUGCAGCUUGUAAUUCACAGUGUCUGUGGCAGUUCUCCUCGUGUUUCCUCAUCUGCUUUAUAACUAUACAAAGACACUGCAAGGACUGAUGAGGUUUGAUCCACAGCUCUCAGCCUCACAAACUGCAGCGCUGUUUGAGAUUUGGAAUAUCAGUCCUGAAAUGUAACCCUUGUCUCUUGGGCCCUCGUGCACUUAUUUAUUAAAAUUGAAAAGCCCUCAAAGAAAAUCCAGGUUUUUCUAUCGUGGUUGGCUGCAAUGUGCGUGUUGUUUCUGUGAUCGAGUGACACAGGCUGACGUGGGAGCACGUGCAGAAGUGACCCAGGGUGACGUGUGGGAUCCUGCUGGGAGAAAACAUCGCUCCAUGCAGCCUUAUUUCUCAGAACUGUCUCAGAACUGCACUUCAAGAAGGGACACAGCCCACAGCACACAUCUCCAGGGCUGGUCAGAACGAGCAGAGAAGUGGAGGUAAGGGUGAGAGCCCUGGAGUGGGAGAAGAGGAUGUCAGGUGCUUCCUGCUGUAUGUGCUCAGCUCUAUUUUCAGCAGAAUUGCUGAGAGUGUGGGGCCACUCUUUGCGUAGCUGCAGCAGCAGGUGGGUUGGUGUUUGGCUUGGGAAAUGUACUUGUAGCUGCUACAAAUGCAUGCAUUCCUGCUCCCACGGGACUCUAGGAAUACAGAAUGCAGUGCAUGAUGUGCCCAUGCAGCUACAGCAGCCUGCCUUUCUGCCUGCCCCAACCCUUCCCUUCAGCUUUUGCUUACACUCUGGUUUCUGAUGUUUAAAUGCUGAAACUUUGCACAAGUAGGGGACACAGCCUCACAAACAGACGUGCUGGCUCUGCACAGGCUCAUGGACAGCCAGGGAAAUGAGGAGAUGCCUUUGCUACUGAAACAGAGCACCUGGCCCAUGAAAUUGCUAUUGCUGGUGACUUCUCUGAAGAAGCUCUCACGUUUCACCAAUUGCUGCAGAUCACAGAUUUUUCAGGAUCUGCUAGAGGAAAAGGGUGAGCUGCAUUCUCAGUGAUGUGCCAUGAUGCUGCUCCCACUUGUGGUUCAUCUCGUUACCAGAGGGAGACAUUAAAUGCUUGGGAAUGAUUAGCAGCAGUUAAAAGAUUCUUGGCGUGCAGUGGUAGAUUCAAAGACCUCCUGGGAUGUUCCAUCCAAUAGGUGAGUGUGCUGCCAAAAGAUUAAAAUGCAAGAUUUACUGCUCUCUUUGCUAAGCAGGGAGGGGGAUUAGAGCAAUUACAUUUUCCUGCAAUGAGUUUCCUUCAUUGCCAGAAUCUGAAAGCUGCAGAGUGUAAGCAGGCAGAGCAAUAGAUUUGGUGUACAUUCCCUCACCUUAGUGGGAGUCCGAGCAAAUUGCCCUCCUUCCAAUUUCCAGAGCAGCCAGCUGCAGAGAGCAGCAAAUCCUUCCUUAGGGUUGUAAAGCUCCUGAAGUGCUUUUCAGCCAGUGAUCUCAUUGUGCUGGAAGAUAUCCAGGCACUGCUGAGGGAAACUUCAUUGAUGUUUUCAGUCUUGUUCUGAAACGUGAGCUUUCUCUCUGCAGUGGGUGAGCACAUACACGUGUUCACUGAUUAACUGUCCUUUCAGAACUCAUUUUCAGGUAUGUAAGGAUUUCUGGUGCUAAACCCAAACUGUCAGAUCGUUGUGUUGCCUGAGAGUAAUUCAGAGGGCGCUGACAUCUCCCUUGGGUACACGUAGCUCUUUUUCCUCACAUCAGGGAGACAGCCAAGUGAGCAAUUUGCUUCCUGUUUUCAAUGUAGAAGACACAUUAGAAAUGUAGUUUUGGCCUUGCCAGUCUGGCUAAUGGAGCUGGGAAGCUUUACCUAGCUACCAGAAAGCAGCAGCUCUGCACUCACAGGGAGCAAUCAGGUUUGGCACAAGAGGCUGAUGGCCUCUCAGAUUGAUGCUGUUCCUCUUCUCAGUAAAGGUGAGUAUAACUAAAUCCCCCCAGUGCUGUGGAGUAUUAACUUGUAAGUGAAUUGGCUCCAAAGUGGAGCUGAAAGGCACCCAGCAAAUAUGCUGAAAAGAAAGCUGCUCAUCAGACAGAAAGAGCACCUGUGAUCCUCUGAGUUUAUCACUCCUGCACUGGCACCACCAGAGCAAACUGCUUAGACAAGGGAAUAUUAGCCUACUGUCUAAAUAAUGUGCUUUAUUUAAGCUCUUAUGGACGAAAGCUGUGAUGCUGUGUCUGUAAUACAACACUGUAAGUCACAUAUUUAACAGUGUUUGUGCUAGUAGUGACAAAUCACUGUCAGCAAAUCAAACUUACCACAAUUUGAUUAAUAUCUAGCGAGAGGACAAUGUACCUAUGAGUACUGUAUCCAUAAGAGCUGUUUCCCUUAUUUCAAUCAGGAGCAAAAUCAAAAGUGUCUCUGCUUUAACUAAUCAUCUUGAUUUCCUUUGUCUUAGAGCUCUGUCAGAGGAGCUGCAGAAAGUCUUGAGGGUGCAAUUUAGAAUGCUAUGCCUUUGCUGCUAAAACUCAUCACCCCUGUGGCUGAAUCAGAGAAAUGAAGGGUGUAACCAGCUGUGGCUUCAGUGCAAGGGCUGGCCUCUGGGCUGAUACUGCAAGUAAAGAUCAGUUUGGCACUGAAACAACGUGGUGUGGGCAACGGGAUGCUGGGGUGAAGGGCAGGUACCAGUAAGUUGUACCUCUACCAUGCUUUGUUCCACUGCUAUAACCAGAAUGUAUUUAGUUACUUCAAGACAGCUCUGCUUAGAGAUGCAUAUCUGAUACCAGAUGCAGAGGUGGUCACAUUAAAUUUAUAUUUGUUUUCA